CGAUCCUGAUGGCUCUGCUGGCUCGAAACGCCCAACGAAUUGCCCUAAUGGCGUCGUCUCAACGGGCGGCGACAAUUCACACCACCCUCUCAUCUCACUCUCAACAACCAUCUUCACCGUCCUCGUAUUCCCGGCCACUACCACCGGCGACGUCUUCGCCGACGGGACUACCGAAGGCCGCCGAGUAUGUGAUCUCGAAGGUGGACGAUCUGAUGAAUUGGGCACGCCGAGGGUCCAUCUGGCCCAUGACCUUCGGGCUCGCCUGUUGCGCUGUCGAGAUGAUGCACACCGGCGCGGCCAGGUACGAUUUGGACAGGUUCGGGAUCAUUUUCAGGCCUAGCCCUAGACAGUCCGAUUGUAUGAUUGUUGCUGGCACUCUCACCAACAAGAUGGCCCCUGCCCUUCGCAAGUACGUUUCUUCAUCCUCUCGUUUUUUCCCCACUCCUUACGGCUAUAUUUCUUUGUAA